CUCGAUUGGCCUAUAACUUCAUUGUUGUGAUUGGCUGAUACCAUAUUGCCAUUUUGAUCUAGAUGUCAGAACUAUGGAAAAGUAAAAAUGUAUAACAUUUGUGUCUGUUUAUGUAUAAUUAUAGUUCUUGCAACAUGGAAACAAAGUACACGGGAUAUUACCGUUGUUCCGAUAAUAUUUCCAACUUUAAAAUAAGGUUAAAACUCAGAGUAGAGGACCCAGAUAAAUCAUCCAAUAUAAAAAAGCAAGAGGAAUGGCACAUUCAAGAAUUUUCUUGGCAAGAAAAACAGUUCAGCAGAAUUGAACGGCAAUUUUAUGCAGAGAUAAACAACUGUGUUACUGAUUUGGAGAAAAUUUAUCACGAUAAGAUAAACGCCGAAGAUUUUAACGAAAAUUCUAUUUUCCAUACGUAUCCUGAUAUUGAUGGGUACAUUCAGGAUCAGGAUAGGUUUAGAAAACAAAUAUCCCAUUUAGAAAAGUUGGUUGAAGAAGUUCGUUUAAAUGAUGAGACUGAAACUAGAACUAACAAUGAAUAUGAUUACAAAGAAUCUGUUCUCUCGAGCCUUGGAAAUAAAAUUAUAUAUAGUAAUUUUGAGAACAUGUUUAUUUUUGCAGAUUUGGGGGAUUAUAUUGAGGAUAUAUGGAUGGAAAACCAACAACUGUUGUGCGAAUUGAAAUUCGAUAAAAUUUCCAAAGUUUUGUCCGUUUAUCCUGAUUUCACGCAUUCGCAGAGUUACCACAAAAAGAUACAGGGCGGGAAAAAUAUCCACUAUUAUAUUGAAAAUUGUUCACCGAGAAUAGAAGAGUCUGAAGAAAUAAGAGAAAAUGAGAUCGCAAAAACGAUUCAUGAUUGCAAACUUUCUCUUACUAGAGAAAUCAUCUCUGAUAAAUUUUUCCUACCACCGAAAAACAAACUUAACGUAUACAUAUUUUUCGAAAUUCUUUCUGGAAGGGGGUUCGAAUAUUCCGAUGUAUAUGUACAGUAUCGUGUAGAUCUUCCGAGUCAUUGGUCUUGUGAGGACCCCAACACGCUUCAUGGUGUAACACAAACCUGCAUCGGCUACAACCAAGAUGGACUUUCACAUUUCGGACAUGAUUUCGAGAUCAUCCUGGAGUAUGACAUCCAGAACUUACAGGAAAAAAGCAUCCCUGAAACGCCCCACAUUUACUUCGAAAUAAUAUCGAAGUCUUCCUGGGACCGCUACCGAACCGAAGGCUUGACGUACACAAGCUUGCCGGUAUCAAGUCCUGGCUGCCAUAACUACACUUUGUCCUGCUUCCGAUUCGAUACCAAAGGCCAAUCUGGCAGAAUGAGGCGAUUUUUCAUCGGAGACAGCUAUAACUACAAGGAUGUUAGAUGGAUAGGAUUACCAAGCGGUACGGAACAGAGUAAUAUCUUCAACAAAUAUGGUGUGAACACAAUCGGCACCGGUCAGAUCGAUGUCAGAAUGAACAUUUUGCAUCAGUCCCAGGCUUUCCUUCAUGAAUUCAAGGAAGGUGAUAGUAAGGAUGCACACAUUUAUGAAAAACUGAAUGCUUCCAGCUUGAUAAGGAGUGUAAACCAAGUCCUGAAAGCUUUCAAAAAGGCCAGAAGACAUAUGAUUGAAGUAAAGAAAGAUGUGGCGAGUGUAAAAUAAAAUACUUGAAAAAG